CCAUGACCCGGGCAGAGAGAGAGAGGGAGAAGAGGAAGGAGCUGCUGGAGGCUGAGGAGAGAAGGAAGAAGUUGGAGGACUUCAAUAAGCAGUGGAGAGUGCAGUCGCUGCUUAAAAAACACACUCAUCAACAACUGAAGGAGGAGAGGGAGAAGAUGAAGGAAAAGUACCUGGAGCAGAUUAAUCUGGAGGCUGAUGAGCAAAUCCAGAAGUUCAGCACCCAGUACAUCACCCGGUGUCCAACCACCCAACACAGCCACGACUACAACCAAGGUCAGGAAUUGCCGGGGUGGGCGACAGGCCAACAAGUAAGCCAAGAGCCUGUUGCAUCUGGAGAUGGCCAGCAGGAGGGGCCAAGGAGGCAACAGGCAUGGGCAGAGAACCAGGAGGGGAGUUCAGAGAACCAGCAGGAGGGGCCAGAGAACCAACAGGAGGCGCCAGACAGCCAGCAGCGAGAAGCUCCAGAAGAGGUUGAAACAUCAGAGCCAACCUCCAAGAACAAGAAAAAGCCAAGCAUCUGGAAGAAAAUUAGGAUGGGCCUUCCUGAUGUGCUGUCUGCCUAGAGCUGGAACUCGAUGAAGCCACAGUUCCACU